AUGGUUUCUUUCUCUACUAAAGUGAAAAGAACUUUUCUUCCUAAGAAGAGAACCUCGUUAACGGUGAAGAGUGAUCUGAUUGCUCCCUCUAAACUCGGUAAUCCCUCGGCAGCAGAAAACGCUAGCCUAAGUGGUGUAUCUUGGGCUGAUGACACGGAUCAGGAUCAAGAUCUCGACGAGAAGGAUGGGAAUAUUGACAAAUUUAAGAUCAAGGAUGAUUAUAACAGUGGGUACAUUUCGCCAGUCGACCGUAUGGUUGUUAAGGUUGUCCAUUGGUCUGGCUCGGCCUCUGCAUUUUUUUUGAGUGCAACCAUUCUCGUACUUUGGGCUAUUGUUGGUAUUGUUUACAAAGCACCAGAUACGUGGCAGAUUGUAAUGCAGGAUGGCCAGUCCAUACAGUGUUAUAUUUGGGAUACUCUUUUGAUGAGACAGCAGCUCGACGAUAACAACGAAUUUCUUCGACUUUAUGGAAGACUCAAAUCAAGGUAUGUUACGCAUAAGCGGCUGCUCCAGUUUAUGCAGUCAGGGAAAGGUAAAGUACGAUCGAAAGAUAUCAUGACGGAAGUUACAAUGGAAGGCGACAGCGAUGUGGAAGAGCAUAACAAAUUAGAGUCCCAGAUCAAAUUGACUGGAGAAGGCUGGUUUGAUAGAAUGUGUUCCUUCAUAAGUCAUUGCAUUGGCUCGUUACCAAUGGUAAUUAUCUAUUGGAUAGGAGUAUUUGUAUGGAUUGCCUGUGGUUCUCUGAAUCUUCGUACUUCUAACACCGCUCCAUUUUCUGCUUCAAAUCCUGAAUACGCUAAAUGGAGUGAUGAAUGGCAGAUGUAUAUCAAUACAGCAGUAGCUGUUGUGUUAUUAACUACAUCUGUCAUCUUAGAAAAUGUGCGUGCUAGAAAUAAUAAGUUUGUCCAAGAGCAAAUUGGGCAUAUUGGAGCUGUGGACUGCCAAGUUGAGAGUAUUGGUAGAUAUACCACAGGUGACAUGGAUGAUAAUGCCAUCAUCGAAGUCCCUGGUUGUGAAAGAAAGCAUUUUAGAAAAAUGAUCUCCUGGUACGCAGAAGUCAUUGGUACUGGUGUUGGUUUGAUGCUUUCCGCUGGUGUCUUUGUGACAUGGAUUUCCAUUGGACACACAUUAAAAUGGAACAGCGAUUGGUGGUUGAUUAUUGGUACAUAUACAGGUUUGGUCGGUUACGUAGAUGGAUUCACUUUGAGAGAGGUUUAUUACUCUAUUACUCUCUAUGAAGAAGACAAGUUCAUGGAAUUGCUUGCUGAUUCACAGGAGUUGCUUGAGUUGGCUGGUAUUGAUUACCAGCUCAGAGAGCUCCAUGAAAAAAAGAAUAUUGGACAUAGGAUAUCUGCGUUUGUGAGUAAGGCGACCUCUAGUCAAUAUGCUGUUGUCGCUUCGAUCUGUACAGUUAUCGGCUUGAUCUGCAUUGCAACCGGACUCGGGUGGAGUGUUACCGGACAGUUGAUCUGCAAUAGUCCAACCAUGAUUAUAGAGGCUUUCUGUAUGUUGAUUCUUAUUCAAUCUCAUAGUUGGGCAGAUUACAAAAGACGGUUUGUGGUUAAGCAGUUGGCAGUUUCAAGAAACCUUUUGUUGGAACAUGUUAAAAAUAUAGAGGAUGCAUAA